UAGGCGUUGCCAAAUGUGAUUGGGCUGGAUGGGAGGCCAAUGCCGAGGAAAUCAAUAAAGUCGAAAGGGGAGUCGGAUGAUAAGUUUUGGGAUUUUGCAAGGCAGUUCUUUUUCGGGCUUUGGGGUUUCCAGCAACGGCCAUACCCACCAGGGAGGCCUAUAGAUGUUGCUCAGGCUAUAGGGUACAAAAAACUUGAGAAGCGGUAUUAUGAUUUUAUCAUGAGGAGUGGUGGGUUUUACUAUAAGGAUCGGUUGGGUCGUACAAGAGGACCGAUGGAAUUAAUCCAGCUUAAAACUGCUUGGGGUGCUGGAAUUAUUGAUAAGCAUACGUUUAUAUGGGGUGAAGACAUGGAUGAAUGGGCACCUAUUGGUAUGAUAUAUGGUAUGGAGCGUGCAAUUGCUACGUGGGAAGUUAGAUUAGGUGCUGCUGCAACAGCUUUCCUUCAUAAACUACAGAAAGGUAUACCGCCUUGGGUUCCACUCAAGGGGUUCGAGGAUAUAACAUAUAAGCAGCUCCAAGAAGAAGCACGUGAGAGUAAAAGGCGUGAUUUAGCUGUGCUGGAAGCGAACAAUGGUGUUUGGCCUGGUGUAAGGACACCUAGUCAUGCCCUGUUUCUCUGGGCAGGUGGCUCGGAGCUGACGUCAAUUCUGGAAGAGGACCACAUGCCCAACAAAUACAUCCCAAAAGAUCUUAGGCUUGAAUUGGCUAAAAUUAUUCCUGGAUUAAGGCCAUGGGAGGUUUUAAGUGUCGAACAAGCCAUGGAUCAGAUCACCUAUGGUGGCGAGUGGUUCCGUGAACCUCUUGGUACAUUCACGACUGGCCCUCCAUAUAUCCGUGAGUGGAAUAAGGAUGUGAUGAGAUUGUUUCAAAUUUUCUACAGCCUGAGCGUUCAAGUGUACAACAAACUGGAGCGGACUAUUCCGGGUUUCAGCACAGUCAUGGAGAAGGUCCAAGCCGACUCUAUCGCAAGACAAAACAGACGAAAGGCAAAGAGGGCUGCACAGAUGAGGGCCGAGGAAGGAGCUGCAUUGUUUGGUCGAGUUGAAAGUGAUAAAUAACGCGCUCUUCUGCUUAUUUUCAUUUUCUCUUCGAUGACAUGGCAGUCGAUUUAUCGUUGUCAGCAGUUCGUGUUGCGUUUAUCAUGUGGUCGAGCAUUUUGGAUUUUAGGACCUACACAAUUUUGAGCUUGUAACUUGACAUAAAAUCAUAAUGUUAGGCUUAUUUUCUGUGGGCUGAAUAUGCGACUUUUUUAUUUUACAGUUUAGUAUUUUCUACAA